AUGACCAUCCAAGAUGAUAACGCGGCGCAGGCGCUCAUCCAAUUAUUCUCUGGAGAAGGGCUCAAGACCACGAAGGGCUCCAGAGCCGGGAGGAAGGGUGGCAAGCCACAGAACGAGGCCAUGUUGCAGCCCAGUGUCAGGCGUGGGGGACGUAAACGCAAGCCAUCAUCAAGGUUGGAUGGAUUCAGCAACAGCGAUCAUGAAGCGUGUCCGUCCCACAUGAAAGAUCCUCGUGUCAAGCGGGGCAAGGUCGAUGAGGUUACAGCAAUGGAGCGCAAGAGAAGUUCUGAUGCGCAAGGAACGGCAAGGAUCACCGAGCGGAAAAAUUCCAUCACGGAUUGCGAGUCAGACAACUCCACUUGCGCGUAUCUGAAGAAAUCAAGCGCAAUGGAUCAGAAGACCUCCUCCAGGAGGGCCUCUCCCAUCUCACAAGCAAGCACACCUUUGGUGAGCCCGAUGCCGUCUCCUGUCGAGAGUGCAUCCUCGAACAAGUACUGCCACUUCUGUCAGCAUGUGAAGGUCAAAAGGAGCACCAGUAUGUUGUCCUGCAGCCAAUGCGAUCGCCGAUACUGCGAGUACUGCUUGCGGGUUCACUUAAAUGAAAUUUGGGAGAGGAGUGAGAGCUGGUCGUGUCCCCGAUGCAGGUGCAAAUGUUGUUGCAAUUCAGUCAGCUGCACCAAACUUCACAGACACUGCAAGGCAUACAGGUAUAGGUUGCUUCGGGCGAAGCAGGCAGAACUUCGAGCAACUUCGAGCCCAAGAGAUGUAGCCGUUCAGCGAAGCAAGAAGGAGGAAGGAGCAGAUGAGCAGCAGUCAAGCCAGGAUCCAAGGGGAUGGUUGGAGCUGCAGGCGGUCGUUUCCAGUGUUCUUGAGGAGACAGGAAAGAAAGUUCAUCAUGCCAACUUCGUUACUCCCAAUGUCAAGGUGGAGGACAGAGGCUGCAAGGCAGGGGCUGCAAGCAAUGGCUCCUUGGAAAAUGGGACUGAGCCCCGUGGAGAUAUCUCAGUCAACUCGGUGUCAAUGCUCCUCUGCUCGGACGAGCACAGCAACAGAUCGGUCCCGGAGCCCAAGUUUGGAACUCAGAUGCACAAGCUCUCGUUCCCGAAGGACCUGGCAGUUUCUAAUUGUGUCGCGACCAAGCACAGCAUCAGCAGCCUGCUGACCGUGUGA